GAAAAAAUUAUCGCUCCAACAAUGAAAAUAUUUUGAAUAAGUAUUUUCAAAAUCUAAAAAAAAUAUAAACAGUAUAAUGCAGUGAUUCCAAUAUGGCCGAUGUUCCGCAAGAUGCUCCGGAUCACUGUCCUGGAACUCAAAGUGAAGAUGCUGGAAAAGUGUCAGCUUGCGCAGGCUGUCCGAAUCAGAACAUUUGCUCAUCAGGUGCAACAAAGCUACCAGACCCUGGAAUAGCGUUAGUAAAAGAAAGGCUUUCGUCAGUGAAAAAUAAGCUAUUAAUAUUAUCAGGCAAAGGUGGUGUUGGGAAAAGCACGGUCACAUCACUUGUAUCCAGAGCACUUGCUGCAGAAAACCCUGACAGAAAUGUUGCUGUUUUGGAUAUUGACAUUUGUGGACCUUCCCAACCAAGAGUCCUUGGAGCUCUCGGUGAGCAAGUACAUCAAAGUGCAUCAGGAUGGUCUCCAGUGGUAAAUUGCACUUAUAUAGAAGACAACCUGUCAUUAAUGUCUAUAGGAUUCCUUCUAAACAGUUCUUCAGAUGCAGUUAUUUGGAGGGGACCUAAAAAAAAUGGAAUGAUCAAACAGUUUUUAUCCGAAGUUGAUUGGGGUACUCUGGAUUACCUUAUAUUAGAUACACCACCUGGUACUUCUGAUGAACAUUUGUCAGCAGCAUCAUAUUUAAAAGAAGCUGGAAUAACUGGGGCAAUCAUUGUUACUACUCCACAAGAAGUUGCUCUUUUAGAUGUCAGGAAAGAAAUAGAUUUUUGCAAGAAAGUUGACAUUCCCAUUCUUGGAGUUGUUGAGAACAUGAGCAUUUUUGUAUGUCCUAAGUGCAAAACUUCAGCAGAAAUAUUCCCGGCGUUGACUGGCGGAGCUAAGAAAAUGUCGGAUGAUUUAAAUGUUGAAUUUUUGGGAACUUUACCCUUGGACCCACUACUAGCGAGAUGCUGUGAUGAAGGCAAAAAUUUCUUGAUUGAAAUGCCAGAUUCGCCAACAAUAGUAGCUUUGAACACAAUAGUACAAAAAAUUGUCCAAAAAUGUGAUGGAGCUUGAACGAGAAUUCAAUAGUUUAUAAUGGAUAGAAUUCCAUCUCGUUCAGCUGUGAAUUAUGUAUAAAAAAUUAUAUUUUUAUCACUUGUUUAUACUUAUUAUAAAAGGUAUUUUAUUAAAAGAGAUACAUACAAAA